GGCAGCACCUGAUUAUUGCUCAGGUUCAGUUAGGUCUGGAAGAAGAGAACCGCGCGCCGUCUCCAAACUUGUCUCCUCCGCGAACAGAGAGACGGCUGUGGAUCGCCGACGGAGCCAGGACGCCGACGAGGCCGCACCAGCAGCAGCUAUGGCGGCGCCGGAAGCUCCUCUCUGCUACGUCGGGGUCGCCCGCCAGUCUGCUGCUUUCCGCCUCAUGAAACAGAUGGGGUGGGAGGAAGGAGAGGGGCUUGGGAAGGACAAGCAAGGGAUCAAAGGCCACGUCAGAGUCAAGAACAAGCAGGACACUGCUGGUGUGGGCUCUGAGAAGCCCAACCCGUGGGCAUUUGACACGGCUCAGUUUGACAGCAUUCUCAAGAGAUUGAAAGUGCAAGGUUCAGAAGCCAAUGCUGAAGUGGAGAAAGGUGCUACUCAAUUGCAGAAUGAGGCUACUGAUUCUAAUGAUCAGGCUGCAAUAGUUAGGGCUACUCGAGCAAGAGGAAGGUAUCAGAAAAGAGAAAGAGGCAAAUUGGUCCAGGCAUAUUCUUCGCAGGAUCUUGAAGGAAUUCUGGUAAAAAAGGUUGAGCCUAAAGAAAUAGAAUCUGAUUCUGAUGUGGUUGAUGAAGUCAAUGAUGCGGAUAUAACACAAACCCAUGUUUCCAAUUCUGAAGGAAAGAAAAGUCAGGAUGUGGCAGAAUGGUGGGGAUCAAAACAUGGAUUUGUUUUUGGAGGUUUUCUUGGGGCAGGGGCUACUCGGAAGAAGUCAGCCUUCAUUAAAGAAGCUGGCAACAAAAAUGAAAGAACUGCGUUCUUUGAGGAAGAUCAAGAGAAUCUCUACAAGCUUGUCCAGGACAAAUCUACAACUGGGAAGCAAGGACUUGGCAUCAAAGAUAGGUCGAAGAAAAUAGCUGGUUGCUAUUUUCAGGGGAAAAAAACAUCAUUUGAUGAUGGUAGUGAUGAAGAAUCUUCCGAUUUGGGUUCCCUAAAGCGAAAACGUUCUGACAUAGCGGAGAUUGCAGAUAAGGUGAAUCUGAAAAGGCUGUGUAAGCAGCUUCUUCGUCAGGAACCGGAGAAAUCACUGAAAUUGAAAAGGCUGAAAGUCCUUGCAGAAGAGCGGUCGCCCUCUAUUUUCUCCAUUUUUUCUUCAGAAAAGGAUGCAGUUGCAUACCUUAAAGGAAAGUUGGAAAGAAGUCGGAAAUUCUCUAUUGAAGGGAAGAGGGUCAGUCUUGCAUCACACAGAGGCUGAAAACUUUUUGCUAUGAAUAUACGAAUACGGAGUUGCGUGUUACUCCUGUGUACAUUGCAGCUGAGUUUGGACAAGGGCGGUUGCAGGUGGCUAUUGAUGCAUUCUCAUCUGCAGUCCUCGCAUCGGCGAGUCGGUCUUGUACUUAGGUUUCCUGUUGGAUCAUAGAAAUAACAGUAGAUGUCCCUUUGUUCAGGAUGUAAUUCCUCUUUAUCAGAUUUUAGGUCUCUGAUCUUUCUGCAAGUCUCAGAGGAUUUUUAAAAAUUAUUGGCUCAUUGGAUAGGAGGUUAGGUAUUCUUGCAUCCCCUAGCAUUAUAGGAGAGCACAGUGUCAUCCGCACCGAUGUGUUUAUGACUUGGAUGAUAAUAUAUAAAGUUUGCUUUCGGGAAA